ACACAAACGCCUCUUGUAGUUUCAACUAUUAUAGUUUCAUGUCUUUACAAUGUCUUCAUAAAUACAGCAACAUUUUAAUCGGUCCAAAUAUCAAAUGAACACAUGAAGAAGUUAAAAAGUAAACUAACUGACCGCUCAACUGUCACACGCGAUUCGCAAACAUUUGAACAUAAAUAACGAAUAUAACGAAAUAACCGUAUCUGCGGUCUGCCGAUGAGUCGCUCAGUCGAGAUGAGUGGAAAUAGCUCAAGUGCCCCGGGAAAAACACGAUUUUCGGGCCUUAAAGAUGUCCUAUCGGGAAAGCUAACAUUAACGGUGUAUCCUGAAGAAAACGCAAAUAUAUGGCAAGUUGUAGUAAGCGAAGAGCAAAAGGAAGUUGAAACCUACAGAUGGGUGAUUCACCCCCGGAGUCGCGUCAGGCAUUACUAUCUGAUGUUUAUGGUGAUCUUAACAUUCGUGAACCUUAUCACGAUUCCUCUAGACAUGGCAUUUUCUGAAGAUAUGCAAGGUAGCUCCCACAAAUACUGGGUGGUCUUCAAUGUAUUCUCAGACGUCAUGUUUUGCCUUGAUGUUGGCCUUAAUUUUCAGAUGGGUAUAUUCAGUGAGGACGGUCAGGCCAUCCUGGAUCGAAAAUUAAUAAGAAACGAUUAUUUCAAAAGUUGGUUUACUCCUGAUAUGGUGGCUGCCUUUCCGGUUGACAUUAUCAUUAUUAUUGUGGAGUACUAUUAUCACGCUGACACUGAUGUACUGAUGGCUUCGAAGCUGGUGCGGAUUCUCAUGUUUGCCAGGAUUUUCAGUAUGAUCCGUUUACUCCGUGUGCCGAAGCUUCUGAGAUUCUGCUUUGAAUUGGAAAACGUCUCUGACAUUCAGCUUGAAGAAGCCAAGAGGUUUUUCAGGAUUUUUUUCAUGUUCGUGUUGAUAAUCCUCGUUUGGCACUGGAACACGUGUGUUCAGUACUUCAUAUCUCUACUGGAGGAGUUUCCUGACGACUGCUGGGUCAUGCAAGAGAAUAUCAAGAAUACGACGAUCGGGGAAAAAUACUCCUAUUCUUCCUUCAGAGCUUUCUCUCAACUGGCCUGGAUUUCAACUAAAUCUAUUCAGUCACCAACACGUAUUGCAGAACGGUGGACGGCUGUAGUGAGCAUGGUGGUUGGAUCUCUAAUGUGUUUUGCUCUUGUCACCUGCUUGAUCUCAACAGUCGGGAGCAUGUCUGCGACUGGCAACGAAUACAAGAAAAAGAUCAGCCAGCUGCAAUCCUCCAAAAUGUUCAAGAAGCUGCCCAGGGCUCUGCGCCAACGCACCACUGCCCAGUACAAGUGGCAGUACGACAAGAAGAACAUCCUUGAUCUGGUGUCAAAACGGCUGAGAAAGGAUAUUAUGGCUGAUAUGUGUCCCAACCUUCUGAACAAAGGCUCCGUGUUCAUAAAGCAUGAUAGAGAAUUCACCGAAGCAAUCUUGGUGAAGUUGGAGUACGAGUUAUUCCAACCAGAAGACAUCAUCAUUCAUCAGGGCGCUAAAGCUAGCCACAUGUUCUUCAUCGAGCAUGGACAAGUACUCAUGAAGAACAAAGUUUUCGAAGUGGAGCUGUCCGAUGGAGACCACUUUGGAGAGAUCAGCUUCCUGUUUGGUGGAUGGCAGCUGGCCACAGUAACUGCUCUGACCGCCUGCAGCCUUUUCUCCCUGUCAUUAAAACAUUUUGAGGAGAUUGAGGAAGAGUUUCCACAUGUUGUGAAGGAACUGAGGACAGUGGCUCAACAGCUCAAAGAUGAUCUCGAGGGUGUUGAGCUGGAAUGUCAAGUUACAUCAGCUUCGAAGAGUGUGGACGACGACACAUCAGGAACUUUUGUUUUAGUCAAUUAGUCAUCUAUUGAAAAAGAUUAUUUUCUUGUUUUACAAUUUUAAAAUAAAUACCAAUUUAAACUAGGUUUAUAUAUUUUUAUGUAUAGGUUAGAUGCUUAAGGUGAUUUUAAUUCUGUAAUUUCUUUUUGAAUAAUCAUUAAUGUACUUGGUGAUGCAUAAUACAAUAAAAUAAAGUUACUGUGCAUGUUCACAUUUGUUAUUUACUUGUAAUUUCUGUAUUAUUAAAAUAAAUGAUCUGAGCACUGUUGUA